AUGGCCGACGCUGGAAUAGCUGGAGCUCAAGACUUGGAGUCUAAAAUUGACAAAAUGAGACGACUCCGAGAUCUCGACGCAUAUACCUCCCCACUCUGGGUGACACUUCAAGCUAAACAAAAGUCCCUCCCGGUCAAGGAGGAGUUCGAAUACAAAAAAGCCGAUCCCUUUAAUUCUGGUAUCAACUCUCCCACGCGAUAUGAUCUCGAGAUGGCUUCCUGUGUCGUUCGCGGCACCAUCCCCCUGGAGAUAGACGGAACCUUUUACCGCGUGACCUGUGACCCAAUCUUCGCGAACCGAAACAAGAAGGACAUCUGGAUCAACGGUGACGGUGCCAUUGAUGCUUGGCUAAUAUCUAACGGCGUUGUUAAUUUCAGGCAGAAAUAUGUGCGCACUCCGCGAUUCGUUAUUGAGCGGACGGCGCUGAGAGUGUGGGACGUACAGAAAUCCGUUUGCAGGGGAUGA